GAUAUUUUGAAACCCUAAAUCUGAAAGGAAUUUUGGGCAAAAAAAAAAGAAAAUUUGCUAUACCCGUACGCCCCACUCGCCCUUGCGCCUCGCGUGAGUGAUCCAUCUCAGAUCGAACGAAGGUCCAUCUCCAACCUCCUCCUUCUCCUCCUUCUUCCUUACUUGAUCAGUUGACAGGAAGAUGAAUAAAAAGAUUUGAAACUUCCAGUUUUAGCGAAAGGUGCCUCUUUCAUUAUCUGCUUGGAUUUAUUUCAGUGUGACCUUAAGAUCACAAACUGAAGGAAAUUGUAUUUGUCAUGGACAUAGAUCUUCGGUUACCAUCUGGUGAGCAUGAUAAAGAAGGUGAAGAAUCAACUGCCAUUGAUAACAUGUUGGAUGGUGAAGAGAAACUACAUAACGGAGAUAUUAUUAGUGGGAGUAUGGUUGAUAUAGGAGAUGAAGUACAGACUGAAGAUGGUGGAGAUUUGAACUCUCCCACAGCAAAUAUGGUAGUCUUUAAAGAAGACACAAAUCUUGAACCACUUUCUGGUAUGGAAUUUGAAUCACAUGGGGAAGCCUAUUCUUUCUAUCAAGAGUAUGCACGUUCUAUGGGAUUUAACACUGCAAUUCAAAAUAGCAGGCGGUCAAAGACAUCAAGAGAAUUUAUUGAUGCAAAAUUUGCUUGUUCUAGAUAUGGGACCAAGCGUGAGUAUGACAAAUCCUUUAAUCGGCCUCGCUCUAGGCAAAGCAAACAAGACCCAGAUCAUUUAACUGGUCGAAGAUCAUGCUCAAAGACAGAUUGCAAAGCUAGCAUGCAUGUGAAGAGAAGGCCAGAUGGGAAAUGGGUUAUACAUAAUUUUGUCAAGGAGCAUAACCAUGAACUCUUACCAGCCCAAGCUGUUAGUGAACAAACAAGAAAGAUGUAUGCUGCGAUGGCUAGACAAUUUGCUGAAUACAAGAAUGUGGUAGGCCUAAGAAAUGACCCCAAGAAUCCAUUUGAAAAGGGUCGUAAUUUGGCAGUCGAGGCAGGAGAUUUGAAGAUUUUGCUUGAUUUUUUCAUGCAGAUGCAAAAUGUCAAUGCUAACUUCUUCUAUGCAGUAGAUGUGGGUGAAGAUCAACGUAUUAAAAAUUUGUUCUGGGUUGAUGCCAAAAGCAGGCAUGACUACGCCAAUUUCAGUGAUGCAGUGUCUUUUGAUACCACUUAUAUCAGAAAUAAAUAUAAAAUGCCUCUUGCUCUUUUUGUUGGAGUGAAUCAGCACUAUCAAUUCAUGUUGCUUGGAUGUGCUUUGGUGUCAGAUGAAAGUGUGACUACAUUUUCCUGGUUGAUGCAAACGUGGCUGAAAGCCAUGGGUGGACAAGUACCAAAAGUAAUAAUAACUGACCAUGACAAAGUGCUGAAAUCAGUUAUUUUUGAGGUCUUUCCAACUGCUCAUCAUUGCUUUUGUUUAUGGCACAUAUUGGUGAGGGUUAGUGAAAAUCUUGGUCAUGUAAUUAAAAAACAUGAAAAUUUCAUGGCAAAAUUUGAAAAAUGCAUCUACAGGUCUUGGACAGUUGAAGAAUUUGAAAAAAGGUGGUGGAAGAUUCUAGAUAAAUGUGAGCUCAGAGGCGAUGAAUGGAUUCACUCACUGUAUGAAGAUAGAAAACAAUGGGUUCCUUCGUUCAUGAGGGAUGCCCUUUUGGCUGGAAUGUCUACUGUACAAAGAUCUGACAGUGUAAACUACUACUUUGAUAAGUAUGUGCAUAAGAAGACCACUGUACAGGAAUUCCUAAGACAACAUGAAGCAAUUCUACAAGAUAGGUAUGAAGAGGAAGCUAAGGCUGAUUCUGAUACGUGGAACAAACAGCCCACAUUAAAAUCUCCUUCACCAUUAGAGAAAAGUGUUUCUGGGGUAUAUACACAUGCUGUGUUCAAAAAAUUUCAAGUUGAGGUUUUGGGUGCGGUUGCCUGUAUUCCUAAGAAGGAAAGACAAGAUGAGAUGAGCAUUAUUUUUCGAGUUCAAGAUUUUGAAAAGGAGCAAGACUUUCAAGUUUCGUGGUUUGAGAUGAAGUCCGAAGUUUCUUGUUUAUGCCGGUUAUUUGAAUACAAAGGUUAUCUUUGUAGACAUGCACUGAUUGUUCUCCAAAUGUGUGGUCUGUCUGUCAUCCCACCCCAAUAUAUAUUGAAACGGUGGACAAGAGAUGCAAAGAACAGACAUGUGACAGGAGAAGAAUCUGGUCAACUGCAAUCUAGGGUGCAGCGAUACAACGAUUUGUGUCAACGAGCAAUGAAAUUGAGUGAAGAGGGAUCUCUGUCACAAGAGAGUUACAGCAUUGCAUGCCGUGCACUGGAUGAAACUUUUGGAAAUUGUACGAGUGUUAAUAAUUCUAGUAGAAGCCUUGUAGAUGCUGGCACGUCAGCCACCCAUGGUCUACUCUGCAUGGAAGAAGAUUCUCAAAGCAAAAAUAUUGGCAAGACAAAUAAAAAGAAGAAUCCAACUAAGAAAAGAAAGGUGAGCUUUGAACCAGAUGUUAUGACAGUAGGGACACAAGACAGCUUGCAACAAAUGGACAAACUAAAUUCAAGAGCAGUAACCCUCGAUAGUUAUUAUGGUGCACAACAGAACGUGCAAGGAAUGGUACAAUUGAACUUGAUGGCCCCAACACGUGACAAUUAUUAUGGCAAUCAACAGACCAUUCAGGGGCUUGGACAAUUAAACUCGAUAGCCCCAAGUCAUGAUGGGUAUUACAGUGCUCAGCAAAGCAUGCAUGGCCUGGGACAGAUGGAUUUUUUUCGAGGAACAGCACCCGGUUUCACUUAUGGUAUUCGGCAGGAUGACCCCAAUGUGAGAGCAGCGUCACUGCACGAUGAUGCGUCAAGACAUGGGUAAGAGUCACCAGUUCACGCUGAAGGCAACGCUCCUUAAGGUACAGGAGGCACAAGUCUCAUUCUUUUGAAGAAAAAAUUGGUUCAUGCCUUGUAUGGAAGGAUGGCUCUAGAGAAAACCUCCCGGUCUGGCAUCUGUAAAAUAAGAUAGAGUGGGCUCUUUAAUCUUUCCAGCCCUCCCUUGUCUUCCAAAUGCUCAUUAAGACAAAUUUAACUAGGGUCGUUAUAUCUUUUGUAAAUGUUACUGUUGUAUCGUAUCAUAUCAUCUGGUGAUUGUUUAGCUUAAAAUAGGAUUUUAGUGCAAAUCAGAAUCAUUCAUUUGAAGUCCAACUUGAACCAUCGCUGAUCCUUUUGUUGCUUCUGAUAUCUUAGGAAAAAUCAGUUCCUGCUGAUUCAACUUCUAUCCCUUACCAUCGUCUUCUUUCUUGACUGUGUAGUGAUUUGAGGCAAGAACUUUUGCUUAUUUCUCUGGGUGCAUCAUUUGAUUAUCCAGGCAUGUUAUUUGGCACCUACAUACAUAUGUGUAUAUAUUUAGGGAAUUUCUAUAAUGGGCGGCCACUUUUGCCGUAAGAUUUGAUAAAUGUCCAAUCUAUAUUUAUAUUAGGGUUUAUACA